CUGGGCUCAUGGGGCAUGUGGAAAAAGCAGUUACGCGUUGAGUCGUUAUAAAAAGAAGAGACUAGACAUUCUUUCUUUCUGUUCUCCACUCCCUCAGAUCCUCCUCCACAUCUCUCUCAUCUUCUUCAUCAUCAUCAUCAUCCUCACUUAUUCUGUUACACUAUACCUCCCUCUUCUCAUGCUUUGUCCUCUGCCUUUCAUUACCUCCUCUUAACAACCAAACACACACAUUCAUCACUCUACUUUCUUUUUGUCUACUUUUCUUCUGCACCUUCUCCCUCCUUAACUACUUCAUUUCUCUACUUAUUCCUCCCAUUAUUAAACACUAUACACUUAUCGCCUUAGUUUCCAGGGUAACGUAAAUGGACAUGUACAGGAAACAUAAUUAUAAUUUUCUUCCGGAAGACAACAAGCUCAGAUACAUAAGAGAUCAGAAUCCUUCCUUCUCAUCCACUCUACUCGACCAAAUUUAUCGUUCUAUUGAUGAAACCAGCGAGCAUCGUGCUGCAGAUGUUGAUCAAGACUUGGUGUUUUACAACCGGACUGUGAUGACGGUGAAGAAGAAGAAACAGUACAUUCAUAGUGAUGUGGAGGCCAAGGAUGAAGCGGAUUUUCAGCGGAUAGAAAAUUGGAUGGAGAAAAGAAAGAGCGGGGAAAGGAUUAUCAAAACUCGUGAAAAAUCAGCAGACACUGAUCUUAUGUACCAGAGGAAAAAAGGAGAGAAGUAUGGCGGUUUUAUGAAUUUGAAUUCAAGCUGGAGCUCUUCUGAUUCUAGCUCUGGUGGCCUCUUUUCUUCCGAGGCAGAAUCGAAUUAUGGAGUUUCCUCCAGGUCAUCAUCAACAACUACUUUUAGGCCCAAGCCUAUCAGAACCAGCACUGACAUAAAGAAAAUUACACGUGACGAGGAGCGAGAUCACGACUCCGGAGGAGUUGUCAAGAGAUCAAAGUUGAAGGCAUUGAAGAUUUACGGUGAUUUAAAGAAGGCAAAGCCGCCAAUUUCACCGGGCGCUAAGCUUGCUGGAUUUCUCAAUUCAUUUUUCACCGCAGGAGGAAAUUCCAAAAAAGGCAAGAUUUCAGGAGCUGAUUCAUCAAAUACAUCGCCUGCAUGUUCAACCUCCAGGUCAUGCCUAAGCAAAUCCCCUGGAAAAUUAUCCAACAAUGGCACGAAAAGGUCAGUGCGGUUCUAUCCAGUCAGUGUAAUUGUGGACGAAGAUUGUCAGCCCUGUGGACAUAAAUCUUUGCAGCACAGUCAAGAAGUAAAAAAAACACCAGUUUCUGAUCAAAAAAAGCGUACAAAUCAAGAGCUAAUGUAUCAUAUCAUGCGAAAAGAUCAGAGUGUGGAAGAAGCUGCCAGAGAAUUACUCAAGAAUUAUCAGCGAAAAGUAGAGCGCCAAAUGGAAGUGGAAGAUGAAGACGAUGAUGAUGCUAGUUAUGCAAGCUCCGAUCUGUUCGAGCUGGAUAAUCUCAACGAUGGCAUUGAUAUCAUCGGAAGCUACAUGGAAGAAUUGCCUGUAUAUGAAACUACUUAUCUGGAUACUAAUCGAGCCAUUGCUAAUAAUUUGGCUGUGUAACUAAUCAACUGUAGACUUGUGUACUAGUAGCUGUAAAAAAAAUUCAAGUUAUGGUUUGGGGGUUUAAUUACAUCAAGGAAACUGUAAUAAAAUUUUACUCUUUUUUCCAAAA